AUGGCGGGCAAACACUCAGAGAACGCGGACGGGCUGCCUGCGAAGAGGCAGAAGACAUCAGCCGAUAUGGAUCCGAAAGACAACCCCUACCUUGCGCAUUGGCAUGAUAACGAGUCGAAUGGCUAUGCCAACGGAAAUGGCACUCCGAACCGCAACGAUGGCCCUCUGGCAGGUUUUCAACGCCACAAGACGACCGCAGAAAUGGCCCGCGCUGCCGAAGAUGGCAAGGUCAACCCGUUUACCGGUCGUCCUCACUCCGAUAGAUACUUUUCCAUUCUGCAAACCAGAAGAGACCUUCCGGUGCAGGCUCAGCGAGACGAAUUUCUGAAAUUAUACCAGCAGUCGCAGAUUCUCGUUUUCGUCGGAGAGACUGGUUCCGGAAAGACCACGCAGAUACCACAGUUUGUCUUGUACGAUGACUUGCCUCAACAAGUUGAAAAACUCGUGGCUUGUACACAACCACGUCGAGUGGCCGCCAUGUCAGUGGCCGAGCGUGUCGCGCAGGAGAUGGAUGUCAAACUUGGCGAAGAAGUGGGCUACAGCAUCCGAUUUGAAGAUAUGACGAGUCAAAAGACAAUCCUCAAGUACAUGACAGAUGGUAUGCUUCUUCGAGAAGCCAUGAACGACCACGAUUUGAACAGAUACAGCACCAUCAUCCUGGACGAGGCGCAUGAACGGACGCUGGCUACGGAUGUGUUGAUGGCUCUCCUGAAAGAGGUUGUGUUGCGCAGAUCCGACUUGAAACUCAUUAUCAUGUCUGCCACCCUGGACGCUCAAAAGUUCCAGCGGUACUUCAACGAUGCGCCCCUGUUGGCAGUGCCUGGACGUACGCAUCCGGUCGAGAUCUUCUACACCCCAGAACCCGAGCGAGAUUAUGUUGAAGCCGCUAUCAGGACUGUUCUCCAAAUUCACGCCACGGAACCAGAGGGUGAUAUCUUGUUAUUCUUGACCGGAGAAGAAGAGAUCGAGGAUGCGUGUCGCAAGAUAUCCUUGGAGGCCGAUGAAAUGAUUCGCGAGGCUGAUGCUGGUCCGAUGAAAGUCUAUCCUUUGUACGGUACACUACCUCCUGCCCAACAACAAAAGAUAUUCGAGCCAGCACCACCCCCGCGGCGGCCAGGUGGCAGAGCAGGACGGAAAUGCAUUGUCGCCACCAAUAUUGCCGAGACGUCCUUGACAAUCGACGGAAUCGUGUACGUGGUCGACCCGGGAUUCUCCAAACAGAAGGUCUACAACCCACGCAUUCGUGUCGAAUCAUUGCUCGUUUCGCCUAUUUCCAAGGCUUCCGCUCAACAGAGAGCUGGUCGUGCCGGUCGUACACGGCCGGGAAAAUGUUUCAGGUUGUACACUGAAGGUGCAUUCAAGAAGGAGCUGAUUGAGCAGACCUACCCUGAGAUCUUGAGGUCGAACUUGUCAUCUACCGUCUUGGAGCUGAAGAAACUGGGUGUCGACGAUCUUGUGCAUUUCGAUCUGAUGGACCCGCCCGCCCCAGAGACUUUGAUGCGGGCGUUGGAAGAGUUGAACUACCUUGCAUGUCUUGAUGACGAUGGAAACCUGACGACUAUGGGCCGUCUUGCUUCCGAGUUUCCUCUGGACCCAGCACUCGCAGUCAUGCUCAUUUCGUCACCCGAGUUCUAUUGCUCGAACGAGAUCUUGAGCUUGACAGCACUGCUCUCGGUGCCGCAAAUAUUCGUUCGACCGGCAUCAGCGAGAAAGCGUGCCGACGAGAUGAAGAAUCUUUUCGCUCAUCCGGAUGGCGAUCACUUGACGUUGCUGAAUGUGUACCACGCCUUCAAGGGUCCUGAAGCGCAAGCGAAUCCCAGACAGUGGUGCCAUGACCAUUUCCUCAGCCUUCGAGCUCUGCAGUCUGCUGAUAAUGUACGUCUGCAACUCAAACGCAUCAUGGAGCGCGAAGAACUGGAGUUGAUGUCGACACCUUUUGAAGACAAAAAGUACUACGAGAACAUCCGGCGAGCCUUGGUCUCUGGAUUCUUUAUGCAGGUUGCCAAGAAGGAAGCAAACGGCAAGACGUACACGACAGUCAAAGACAACCAAACUGUGCUCCUGCAUCCUAGCACUGUUCUGGGCCAGGAGAGUGAGUGGGUGGUUUACAACGAGUUCGUGCUUACUAGUAAGAACUACAUUCGGACUGUGACCGCGGUCAGGGGCGAAUGGCUUCUUGAUAUUGCACCGGGUUAUUACGACAUCGACAGUUUCCCCAAAGGCGAGGUCCGGACGGCGCUGCAGAGGAUAGCAGAGAGAAUGGCUCGGCGACAGAAGAUGAAAGGGAGCAGGUAG